GCGACCUACAACUGAUAAUUGACCUGUCCUUAUCUUUGCCGGGCUAAUGUGCGACCUACGUCCAAUGUGUGUUUUUUCCUAUAUAACAUGGGGAAAUAUAUUUAUUUUUGUGAAGAGAAUAGAGAUACAAACGUGAUAAUUGUAAACCGUUCGGCAUUCAGUAACGGUCUCACUGUCUUUGUCGAAUUACGUUAUUGUGAGUUUUAGUAAUUUUAAAUACAGCGUUAUAGUGAUUUUAGUAAAUUUGUGUUUUUUAUUAUGAGUGCUACAUUAGGAUACCUAUAUCGACAUAUUAUACACGAUGAAAAAAUGUGUGUACAAUUCUUGCAAGACCGAGAAUUAUUACCAUCUCUAAAUGAAAAUAAUAAUCGUUGUACCAAAGUGAGAAACAACGAAGAGUGUGGUGGAAUAUUAAAGGAAUGUGAGAGAACGAGUAAAAAACGAAACUCAGAUGGUACCUUUAAAAAAUACAUUUCUUUUAAGUGUUCAAAAAGAGGUUGCCAAACUUAUUGUUCAAUUCGAAAACAAAAUCAAUUUUUUUCUUACUUAGAUUUAAAUAAUAGAUGUCACAGUAAUUUAUCAUUAACCGAGAUCAUGGAAUUAGUAUGGCAUUGGACACAUUUGGUACCAGUUCAUCAAGUUGUACAAUUUACUGGUCGAAGUAAGAAUACAGUUGUCGAUUGGUUUAAUUUAUGUCGCGAUGUGGCUAUUUAUAAAUUUGACAAGCGAUCAAAAUUAGGUGGAAAAGAUGUGAUAGUUCAAAUCGAUGAAUCAUUAUUCAAAGGAAAACGCAAAUACAACCGUGGUCGUCUUCAAUGUGGUGAUAUUAGACCAAAUGAGGUAAAUGAAAAUGAUAGUGACGAUAGUGAUGAUACAGAAGAAGAUAACAAUAGUAAUAACACAGUGGGUGCAAAAAAUUAUGGAACGCGUGUAUCUGGACCGUGGGUUUUUGGACUUUGUUGCAAAAAAAAUGAUAUUUUGGAACGACGUUUAUUCAUCGUAGAAAAACGUGACAAAGCAACAUUACUUCCUAUAAUUAAAAAUGAAGUAGAACUAGGAAGUAUAAUCCAUAGUGAUGAAUGGAGAGCUUAUUCGUCAUUAAACAAUGAAGGGUACAUACACAGUACUGUGAAUCAUCAAAAAUGGUUUAUUGAUCCUGAUACAAAUGCCAAUACUCAAACCAUAGAAUGUGUGUGGAAAAUAGUGAAAAAGCGAUAUGAAAUAAGAGUAAACGGCGCAUCACCAUUAUUACCGAGACAACUUAAAGAGGAGUGGUGGAGAUCUCUUCACCCAAACAAGCAAACUAUAUUUGACGAAUUUUUAUCAGACAUGAAAGAUGCUUUUAUGACAUAAAUUAUAUAUAAAAUUACGAUGAAUUCUUAUCAGACAAGAAAGAUAAUAAUUAUAAAUGAAUUAAUAACUAUAAUAACUAUUAAUAUGGAUAAAUUUAAAGGA